AUGUUAUCCAGGGUUCUGCUUGGUAUUACAUCUCCUGUGGAGGGUGUAAUAGCUAAUGAGGGUGUAGGAGCAGACCAUUGCGUGCCUGUGCUGCAAGCCCUACUUGAUGCAAUAGGGCAGACACGUAGAUUCAUCGUGAAGGUCUCGGAGCAUAAUCUGACAGAGAAGAUCCAUGCCAUUAUUGUCACAAAGAUACUCCCUCCUGCGACUGCGACUUCCGAUGAUGCUUUGAAUACUGGAGGUGAUGAUUCUGGACCUUCAUGA